AUGCCUUUCAUGAUAACGCUUAGAGAGUCGCUUGUGCGCAUAGAAGACAAAUGGAAGAAGCGUUUACGUAUGGAUGGUAGUCGCCCUACAGCUACUACCUCGGGCCCAGGCCCGAGCCAGGCGCCUGUAGCUGAAUUCGCCCCCACCACUGCCACUAGCUCGAUGCCCAUGCAAAAUAUCGCUUUUGAAUCCAGUGCCGAGCACGAGGCUUAUACUUGUCUGCCCGAGCGGACCUCGAGCACGUGGAUCGCAAUCAGGGCCCUGGUGUCCUCCCUGGAAUCGAGCACCGAGGUAUUUGGACCCCUCAAAUCAGCGAUCUCUGGACUAAAAGGUUGCAUUUCUAUGUACGAGAACGCAGGCAAGGAGAGCAAGGAGUACGAAGACCUGGCGAUCAAACUGGAAAAUAUUCUGAAUGACAUGAAUGAACACAUUGAGCAGCCCACUGGAACUAGGACGACAGCCAGCGUGAGAAGGAUUUAUGCCGAGAUCGAAGAAGAAGCAAAAAUAGUAGCGGAAAAACAGGCCAGGGCGACAGGAAGCCAUCUGAUGGAUGCAAUGAUGGGAUCUGAUGGUAUUAUAGAGUGCUAUCGGCGGAUUGACGGCCACCUGCAACGAUUGGGGCUGAACGCGAGUAUGAGCACCCUAAAAGCGGUGAAUGAACAGACGAUGGAAUCACGAUUGGCCAAAAUGUCACCUACCAUGCCGGCCAUCUACAACUCUGCAGAGUCCCAAGACCUCAAGCGAGGGAGCUGUGCACCGGGCACUCGACAGGUACAGAUAGAACUGCUAUUGCAAUGGGCGCACAGACCCGAAAUAGGAAGAACAUGCUGGAUGAACGGAAUGGCCGGAACCGGCAAAACAACUAUCGCAUAUACCAUCUGUGAGCGGCUCGACGCCACCUGCGAGCUAGGAGCCAGCUUCUUCUGCUCGCGGAGUAUCCCAGAGUGCCGUCAGGUCAAGUUUAUUAUACCAUCGAUCGCAUACCAGCUCGCUCGAUUUUCUGCUCCAUUUCGAUUCGCCCUCGACAAGGUGCUCGAGUCGGAUCCCGAUGCUCAUAUGCGAACCCUAAAAACUCAAUACGAGAAGCUGAUUGUCGGACCGUUGCAAGAGGUUCAGAGAUGCCUACCAACGCAUUUUAUUGUAGUUAUUGAUGCACUAGAUGAAUGCGAGAACGAGGAUAGCGUCGGCCAAAUUCUGGAUCUACUCCUGUCGACUGCACACAACCUGCCUGUGAGGUAUCUGGUAUCAAGCCGGCCUGAAAGGACAAUUACGCAACGGAUGGCGGAGUUCGGAGAUGGAAAAGAAGACGUACGACUAGUCCUUCACGAUCUUAGCUCGGAUUCGGUCAAAGCAGACAUCGAGACAUAUAUGCGAUACGAACUGCGGCACGUUCCAUUGACGGAUGCUCAGUGGCUGGCGGUAAUCAGUUCAUGCGAGGUCCUAUUCAUUUAUGCGUCGACUACGUGUCGCUACCUCAAGCAGGCUCACGAGACGAAGACCCUGGCGGAGGUUAUAAAUGCUAUUACGAACCCGACUCAUGGAUCCAUGGAAUAUCAAGGCGACAACGCAAUCGACGAAUUAUACACUACGAUACUAGAUGCAGCGUUCAACAAGUCUGGGUUCAACAAGGCGAAUAAAAAACGAAUGAAGAACAUCCUGGAGACCGUGAUAUGUGCUAUUAAACCCAUUACCCUAGAUGCUAUCGCAGAUUUGACAGGGCUAGAAAGUGGAGAACAAGCGGAUGCGUUGCUGAAGCCCCUAAGAUCGGUUCUAAACGUGGCCACAGAAACUGGGCUCGUAAACUCCCUGCAUGCCUCAUUCCCUGACUUUAUACUCUCUCCGGAACGAUCCGGCUUGUAUCACUGCCAGCCAAAUAUCCGACAUGCCAGGAUGGCCAAAACCUGUUUGCGGCUCAUUGAUGCAAUUGAACCAAAAUUUAAUAUAUGUGAUUUGCCUUCGUCUUACCUCCUAGACGCGGAGGUCAACGGCCUGCAUAGACGAGUGGCUCAGUCAAUAUCUCUGGGCCUGAUGUAUGCAUGCCGCUAUUGGUCUGCUCAUCUGAGUCUCGGGGAGUACCAAAAUGGCCUGGUUGAACUUGUUCACGGAUUUUUCUCAUCAUGUUUACUCCUCUGGAUAGAGAUAAUCAACCUAACUAAAAACAUGCGCAGUGGGACAGCGAUUAUUCAGGAUGCAGAGAAGUGGUGCAAUGAAAAGGGCGUACCUCAGGAGGUAACACAGCUAGCACACGACGCAUCUCAGUUUAUAUCAAUCUAUGCCAAUCAUCCCGUGUCCCAAAGCACUCCACAUAUCUAUGUUUCCAUGCUGCCGUUCUGGCCUCGAUCUCGACCACUCUCGGCUGCAUAUAUGCCAAGAACAUCCGGACUUGUGCGGCCGACAGGAACAGCGAUCGAUCGACGGCGACUGGCACUCAUAGCCACCUGGAAGGUCUCGACCGAAAACGUGCAGUCGAUCAGUCUGUCAAGAGACGGAAGACGACUUGUGGCACCUACCGCAGACAGCAUCGACGUGUACGAUACGACCACGGGCGAUAUUGCGCUCAGUCUUACCGAAGAGCGUACAAAGUACAUCGACUACGUUGCAAUAUCUCCCGAUGGCUCCAAGGUAGCCUUUUCUAGUCGCGGCGAUACCUCAUAUAUGUGGGAUACUGCCAAAGGCGGCACGGUCACAAGACUGCUUCCUGAUGGCGUGUUCGGUGGUCGAUCCCUUUCGUUCUCGCCUGACGGGUCCCGCGUCGCCUGUGGUCUGAAGACCGGAGAGGUGUACAUCUGCGUACUAGGACAAGCCGUCAACAUUCAUGGUCCGCUCACGGGUCAUACCACAUAUGUCACCUCAGUCGUGUUUUCUUCCGACGGCUUGCGCCUUGCAUCUGCAUCGAACGAUAAGACUAUUCAAUUGUGGAAUGUUCAAACAGGCCGGCCGGUUGGCACACCCUUUGAGGGUCAUACUGCUGAGGUCUGGUCCCUAUGCUUCUGUCCCACUGACUCACGUAUUGCCUCGGGCUCCCGGGAUAAAACGAUCCGAGUAUGGGAUCCGCAAACUGGACAGACGGUGUUAGGGCCACUAACAGGACAUUCUAGCGCCGUAUACUGCGUUGCGUUUUCACACAACGGCUCUUUCAUUGCCUCUGGGUCAUCUGAUAUAACAAUCCGAGUGUAUGAGACGUGUACUGGCCAGACAGUGCUUGGACCGCUCAAGGGACAUACUAAAUACAUCAACUCGGUCAUCUUCUCUCCCGACAGCACUCGCCUGUUCUCUUGCUCAGCAGACGGGACUGUACGCGUAUGGAAUGUGCAAGACAUCAAUACCUCCAAUCCUCUCCCGACUACCCCAUCUCUUUCCUCCCAUAUCUACUCCAUCCGAUACUCUCACAACGGCACACGGGUUGUCUCUGGAUCAGCAGAUGGCUCGAUACACGUAUGGGAUGUGGCGACGGGUCAGCUGGUGCUCGGACCACUGCAUGGCCAUGAGGAUGUUGUUAUAUCUUUGGAUUACUCAAGCGAUGAUCAGUAUAUUGCGUCUGGUUCUGAAGACAAUACACUGCGAGUAUGGGAUGGACUGACGGGACAAGACAUGCACGGACCAAUAAAAGGGCAUAGUGGUGAUGUGAAAUGUGUACGAUUCUCACCCGACAGCAUGGUCGUUGUCUCAGGGUCGUCUGACCAUACCGUCCGAAUAUGGGAUGUGAACACCGGCCAACAAGUGACGCAACUGUUCCAAGGACAUUCCUCCAUCCGGUCGGUUGCGAUCUCUCCUGACGGCCAGCGGGUUGCCUGUGGGUCAGAUGAUGGCAAGAUAGUCGUACUAGACCGACAUAGUGGAAUCCCGCUCGUUGACCCAAUCGACGCUCACAAGGACUGGAUUCGUUUGGUAGAGUUCUCUCCAGAUGGUAUGCGCCUCGUCUCAGGGUCGGAUGACCUAUCAGUGGGAAUAUGGGAUGCAGAGACAGGGAAGCAGCUUGUUGUUUGCGGUGGGAGCGAUGGCGCCCACAGUGACUACGUCCUCUCUGUGUCGUUCUCACCCAACGGUCUGUAUGUCGCAUCUGGGUCUAGGGACCGUACUGUGCGCGUGUGGGACUCGCAGAACGGCAAGCCUAUACGCGGUCCUCUGACAGGGCAUACCGAUUGGGUGAACUGUGUGCAGUUCUCACCUGACGACUCUCACCUCGUAUCAUGUUCCCGGGACUGUAGUAUUCGAUUAUGGGACGUAUCACCUUUGGGAAUACAUUCACAAGAAAAUUCAAUGAGAGAUCCAGCCCAUGCCAGGGCAGCUGAUCCAAUUGAUCUCUGGUCGCUCAACAGUGAUGGCUGGGUGGUAGACUCACGUGGUCGACGACUGGUAUGGGUUCCGUCCGAUCUCUGCACCUAUUUGGCACUUCCACCAACCAACUCUAUUAUUGCCGACCAAGGAUACUUUCGACUUGAGACCGAUGAAUGGAAAAUAGGAGACGAGUGGGUGCGGUGUUACUCUGCAUAG